CUCUCCCUUUGCUUUCUCUCCCUCAAGUCUCCAGUUUUGACCUGCAGCUCCCAAGCUCUUGUUUCUGCUUGAGAUCUUGUCUUCUUUUCUUAUUUCUUACUUUCUUGCUGCAACCUCCUCAAACCCAUCUUGAAACCCUGCUGUUCUUGGGUUUUCUUGACCUCAAAUCUCAGCAAGGUCUAGUCUUUGUUAUGCUGGUUUGGGGUUUUUGAGUUUUCUCUAACACCCAGGGUUUGGUUUUGUCUUGGGUUAUCAAGAAAUAUAUCUUGAUGCUUAACCUCUUGUUCUUGAUGUUUGAGAUUCAUGUCUCCAACUCUGAGUGAACUCCUCCUAUCCGAGUGUAUGAUAAAUUCUACAUCUAGGCGCAGGACCCAUUUAGUUCAGUCGUUCUCAGUUGUCUUCCUCUACUGGCUUUACUAUGUUUCAUAAUUUCAGCUCCCAAUUUUGAUAAUAAGGCCCCAACAAUCUAUAUUAUAGCUAUUAUCUACUAUUUUCUCUGAAAUAUUUAAGUUUAUUCUGCAUCUUGGUCCUGUUUUUGCCGAAUCAUCUCUCUCUGAGUUAUACUUCGUUACUCUCGAAAUCUGCAAAAGAAAAGUUUCUGGGUUUACAAUGGCUUCUUCCAGUGGAACUUCGUCUGUUUCCUCCAUGCUUCAAAACUCUGGCUCUGAAGAAAACUUGCAGGUUCUGAUGGUUCAGAGGAAGAGGAAGAGAAUGCUGUCGAAUCGGGAGUCCGCAAGAAGGUCUAGGAUGAGGAAACAGAAGCACUUGGAUGAUCUCACGGCGCAGAUGGCGCAGCUGAAGAAGGAGAACCACCAGAUCAUCAGCAGCCUCAACAUCACAAGCCAGCAUUACAUGAACAUUGAGGCAGACAACUCUGUGCUCAGGGCCCAAGCGGCUGAGCUCAACAACAGGCUGCAAUCUCUGAAUGAGAUCAUCACUUUCUUGAAUGCAAACCAUGGUGGUGGUUGUGUUGAGGAUUCAAGCCACAACAGCAACAACAACAACUUCACUGAGCCUAGUGCUGAUUGCUUCUUCAACCCUUUGAAUCUUUCAUAUCUGAACCAGCCCAUCAUGGCUUCUGCAGAGAUGUUUCAGUACUGAUCUCCAGAGGAUUCAUUCUUUUGAUUCUGGGUUAAAGAAAAGGGACAUAGAGAGGUGUACUUCGAUUUCAACUAAAUUAGUCUAAGGGGUGGGAGGAAUCUCACUAUUAAUUAGAUGGUGUUAAUGAAUAAUUUAAUGUGCAAAAAACAAUGAGCGUGGUGUUGUCACUAUUGUGUUCUUGGUUUGUAAAAUAUGGGGGCUAUAUUAAUAUGGACUAAGUUGUUCGCUUCAA